AUGGCCGCCCUCUUCAACUUUCAAUCACUCCUGCUUGUGAUUCUUCUCCUUAUCUGCACGAGCACAUAUGUCCACGCCAUAUUCCCGGCGCUUUUGGACAACAGAAAAGAAGGGUUCAUGGGCAUAUUCUGGAAGUUUGCGAGAGUAGGGGAACGGUUAAGCCCGUACAUCAGUAUAUGUUGUUUCGUUAUGGCGAUCUUUGAGGUGAUUGGCAACUAA